AUGGAUAAAAUACGAAGGGCAGAAAUACGAAAUCAGCAGGGUAAGCAAGAAACUGUCCCAGGAGCGCUCCAACUACUACAAAUGGUAGAAGAACUUGGGCAAUAUUCGAUAUUAGAAGAGUGCAUUGAAGCAAUUAAGGCUUGUCCAAGUGAACUUGACAUUCAAAAAGCCGAAAUAGAAUUGGCAAAACAAAGCAAAAUUAUACGAGACCUACAAGAGGAAAAGAGAAGACUUGAAGAGCGCCCUGAAAACGCAAACUAUUUACGAAUGGAAGUGAUUUUGAGAAAACUGGAAGAAAAAUUACAAGAAGAAGAGCGAGAAAAGCCAGAAGUUGAACAGAAAACACAAGACUACAGUACAAUAACCGAGCGGCUAAUGGAAGACAUCAGAAAAAAAUAUGAUGAGAACCUGCAAAUGAAGAAAGAUAAAGACGACAUCGCUCAACAUUUCCAUGAAAGUGUAGCACUUCUCGAAGAAAUGCGGAAAAAGCAAGCGUUUGGUUGA